GGAUGAAGACCAUGAGAAAUUUGAGUGGAGGCCAUGUUGAGGACUUUGUCUUGGUGGGUUUCCCUACCGCUCCACCCCUCCAGCUGCUCCUCUUUGUCCUUUUUUUAAUAAUUUACCUUCUGACAUUGUUGGAGAAUGCACUCAUUGUCAUCACAAUAUGGCUCACUCCAAGCCUUCAUCGCCCCAUGUACUUUUUCCUUGGCCAUCUCUCUCUCCUGGAGCUAUGGUACAUCAAUGUCACCAUUCCUCGGCUCUUGGCAGCCUUUCUUACCAGGGAUGGUACAGUCUCCUAUGUGGGUUGCAUGACCCAACUCUACUUCUUUAUUGCCUUAGCCUGUACUGAGUGUGUGCUGUUGGCAGUUAUGGCCUAUGACCGCUACCUGGCCAUCUGUGGACCCCUCCGUUACCCUAGUCUCAUGCCUUCCAGUCUGGCAACUCGCCUUGCUGCUGCCUCUUGGGGAAGUGGCUUCUUCAGCUCCAUGAUGAAGCUUCUUUUUAUUUCCCAAUUGUCCUACUGUGGACCCAACAUCAUCAACCACUUUUUCUGUGAUAUUUCCCCACUACUCAACCUUACCUGCUCUGACAAGGAGCAAGCAGAGCUAAUAGACUUCCUUCUGGCCUUGGUGAUGAUUCUACUCCCUCUAUUGGCUGUGGUUUCAUCAUACGCUGCCAUCAUUGCAGCCAUCCUGAGGAUCUCUACUUCCCAGGGACGCUGGAAAGCCUUUGCCACGUGUGCCGCUCAUCUGGCAGUGGUUGUUAUCUACUACUCCUCCACUCUCUUCACCUAUGCACGGCCCCGAGCCAUGUACACCUUCAACCACAACAAGAUGAUCUCUGUGCUCUACACUAUCAUUGUACCAUUCCUCAACCCAGCCAUCUACUGCUUGAGGAACAAGGAGGUAAAGGAUGCCUUCAGGAAGACAGUGAUGGGCAGAUGUCGCUAUCCUAGGGAUGUUGCGGAUUGAUAUACAAUAGGUCCUGGGAGGGGUGAAAAUAUGGGAAUCUUAGUAGGGCUUCCUGAAGGAAUCGGAGUGGGUUUAAAGGGAACAUAAAUAUAACUUGCCAACAGUUUCUCUAAAUAUUGUCUGGGACCUUCUGACACAAAUAAAAGUUUAUGAAUCAUUUAGUCUUUUUUUACAGGGGUUUUCAAACUAAGGCUGGGCUAGCUAUGUAAGAAUCACUUGGGAAUUUGUUAAAAUAAAGAUUGCCCCCCAAAAAAUAUGUGGAGAGUCUUACUAAGCAUGUCUGGAAUA